CACAUAAAGCGCGUUUACUUCCUUUUACUGCACUUUUUCUUUCGCGUCCUUCCACUCAUGGAAUUUAGCGACGCUGUCGAUCGACUGCAUGGUGUUCUACAAGAAGUGUUUCUAAAGAAAGCGAAUGUAGCUUCAAAUAAGCCUGCCUGGGCAUCGUCGGCUGUGAUCCCUUGGUCAUGGGUGGCGGCUGCAUUAGCUCGUCUACUUUCCGAGUACUCUACAGGUCUCACAGACGCAACUGCUUUAAGCGAACUGGAAUUACAGUGGGAGCAAGCUUUUUUUAAACAUAGCAAAGGAUUUGGUGCUGCUUACGGUACCAUUCAAUCGAUGUAUGAUUAUCAGCGAACAGCUGCAUUGGAAGUUGUAACAAAAGAUUGGCAACUGUUUUCCCUGGCCGAUAUCUGGCUUGUUACAGUAUCUGAUGGCAUGUCAUACAAGGUCAUGGAUAUGUAUAUGCAUCCAAAAUUUAAUCAGUGGAUCGCUUCCUCACGACCGUCGCUACGAUCCGGUAUUCCGUUCCUAAAGGAUCGAACUAUGCGUAUGUUCUGUGGUGCAAAGAUCAACUCUCCAAUCUCAUCACAGUAUGAUAACAAGGAUGUCAGCCGAAUUACACGUGUUGCUCGCGUACCACCGACACAACUCUUGAUGUUUGUCCUUACACCAAAUGACGGCAACUUUAUCCGAGGGGAGUUUACAGACUCGUUGCGAAACGUUAUACAGCCUGGGAUCCUGGGGAGACUGAAUAAACAUUUGCAUAAAUUAUGGCUCAAGGUUAUACAUGUCGAAAAAACAGAACACAUUUCUGCCAAUCAGAAUGUAAAUCAAGAUCUCAUUACCGAGGAUGAUGGCGAAAAUACGAAGUUACGACGAACCGAUAUAUUUGUGGUGGAUAUGACGCCGGAUAACGAACCAGCCGUUCUGUCACUUUAUGAUCAGCAGACGCAACUUGCAACCAUGUUGACGAGGGGCGACUACAUCGGACUAUACAAUCCUGGAUUCCCAACCGCACGAACCGAAAGUCAACGAUCCCAUUCUGAUAUUGUAUUCGAAUACACUGAAGACACAGUAAUAUUUCACAUGGCAGAGAAAGAUGCACGGCAGGCCGGUGUAAACAAAGUGGAAGCAGAUACUGCCAAUAGUCAAAUGUCUCAUCAAAGUCGACGACGCGAUAGUAUUCAUAAUAGUCUACUAUCUAACUCUUCACAAAAACAGCAGAAACAAACGACCAAAAAAGGGAUUAUGGAACGCGAUGAAGAAGGAUUCAUGGAUUGUUUGGCAUACCCAAACCGUAUCUUUAUCAAGGAUCUUGAACCGUCCAUGUUAAAUAUCACUCUCCUGUGUCGAGUUGUCGCGAUCGCCAGUAAUAACCCUUUUACUAAACAAGACAGUAAAACGAAAAUGGAUCGAUACGCGAUGCGGAUAGUGGAUUCCACAGGCAAAGUGGAUGUGACAUUAUGGGAACAGGCGGGCCGUAAAGCAAGAAAAUUACAGCCAGGCCAAUAUGUGCUGUUAACAGGCUUGACUACCUCGUCUAGUAACGUGUCUGACAGAGGCACCAGUUGGUUUGUCAAUGGAAGUGCUGUCACUGGUACCGAAAUAUACAACAUAUCCACCAUGAAGGGCUUACUAGCAAGCUCUUGUUUGCGUCAAAUUAAAUCCAUCCAAAAUGUCGAAAGCAACCAAGGGUCAUGGCAAGUCAAUAUCACUGUUGUCGGAUGGCGAAUACGGACAGAAGAUGAUACCAUGGUUAUUGGCGAUUGUUAUGAGCAAGACCCUGACGAAUAUGCAAGAGCUGACGGAAGGCUGCCAGCUGACAUUAUUACCAUCCAUGCACAUACAGCAUGUUUCCAUCCUGUUUAUCGUAGUUGUGAAGCAAGAAACACAAACGGCGGCAUGAGUAUGCGCAUAUGUGAAUUCUGCAAAUGUUUAAUACCUGAAGAACAAGUGGUGGAGGCGUUCCGGAACCGUUCUUCGAUCGUUACGACCGCAGAUUCUCCAGGAACAUCUUCAAACCGUGGAUGGGUAGAAUGGACGCUGGAUGAUUGCGAAGGACAAAUGAUUACGGCUUUUGGUUGUGAAGAAGCCCUAUUAGGUGUUUCUGCCCAACAGUUCAAACUCAUGUCGUAUGACGGACAGACUGGUCUUCUCGAUAGUGUGUUGGGUAAACCAUUGCUGUGUUCUAUAUCGACUACGAGCCAGGGUUAUCGAAUUGAUCAAGUUGCACUAAGUCAGCCUACAUACCAUGAUUGCAUGGAACUUUUACGGAACUAUUCAUGAUAUCCAUAGCAGUUCAAUGAAAGAAGCUUGUUUUUGCAUAUUGUGUCUCCUCAUUAUCUGUACAGUUGUCCGCGCUAAUUUCUAAAUUCGUUAGCUUUUAACCCUUAUUUAGGAUGUUCUCAAAAAGGGCGAAGCCCGUCCGGACGGGGGUCCUAAGUUAGAAGUAAGUAGGGUAUUACCGAAACUGUGGUGGCCCGUACGGACACUUUAGGAGGAAUGUUGCGGGCGUUCGGACCAUGCUAUUACUAUUUUCGUCCACAUUUCCAAGAAGUAGUAAAAGAUACUGAACAGAAAAAGACAAUUGACCAUCAAAACAGCAUAGAAUGAAUUCACUCCUCAUGAUAAAUGCCUACCGAAUGUCAGGCUGUAUCAAUAGGCAGGAAAAAGAAAUUAUAAACGCUAAAUAUCAUCAAAA